AUGGCAAUUUUGCUUUCUUUGUUUCUUAUCUUCUCCAUGGUUACUUAUUCAAACGCUGCGGUUUGUGUGUGUAAGGACGCAGACGACCAAGCGCUGCAGAAGGUAAUAGACUACGCGUGUGGAUCAGGUGCUGACUGUUCGCAGAUUGAGCAAAAUGGUGCUUGCUUCCAACCCAACUCCGUCAAAAACCAUUGUGACGUCGCCGUUAACAGCUUUUAUCAGAAGAAAGCUUCUACUGGUGCAACGUGUGACUUUAACGGCGCCGCCGUCGUCUCCACUUCCCCUCCUUCAAGUAUUCUCUCCGAAACCCAUAACUCCACUAGUACUCCGGCCACCGGAACUCCAUCCACCGGAAAUUCAACCACCGGAGCUCCAUCAACCGGAAACACAACCACAGGGAUGCCAACCAAUCCCACCACUGCAAUUCCCACUUCAUCUGUAUUCCCUCCAUCUAUUAUGGGACCAUCAGGGAGCACCGGUUUCGAUCCAAGCGGUGGAGAUGAGCUCUCUAUCCGAACCGCGACCGUCAUCUUACUAACCACUAUCGCGGCUGUGGCCUUGCGAGAUUGUCUUGUAGCAAAACACCAGGCCAGAGAGGAACAAAGACAAGCUCAGUCAUCAAAGGAUUCUGCUGCUGUCAAUGACAGAAGAGAGAUCUCAACCAGAGUGACUGAACGAUCUGAACCUUACCGAUUUGCAGCGUCCAAGAAUGAGGAAGUGGAACGACGGGAAACUCAUAAACCAGAAACAAAGGAAGUAAGACAAGGCUAUAGACGAUCUGAAGAACGCUAUAGGCCACACUCGGUCCAUGACAACUACUCGAGAAGAGCGUACAAGGAACCACCCAGGGACAGAUAUGCUAGACACAAUCGAUCUCAAAAUGCACGACAUGAGGAAUCUCAUCGCAACAGACUGACAAAGGCUGAUGCUCGCCAUCGGCUCAGUUCUCAGAAUCGAAAUGAACUUCUAAAUGUCUCAAGAAACAGAAGGGACACUCAUCGAGAUGAAACCAGUGCCACAAAUGUCGAUAAAACACAGUCAACAAGAGGGACUCCUCUGCAACUCCCGAGCCCCCCUAAUCAUCGCAGACCCUUUGAUGUUGCACUGGGGAAG